ACGACUUGCCUGAGCCAUCUGCUCGCCAUCCGGCCAGGUGCCAACCUCGCCAACAUCAGUUCGCUGCGCUCAUCGAUCGCAUGCUCGCAGGUGCGGCGAGUACAUGCACCGCGUCUUCUAUGUCUAGUGAUAUCAUCUGGCCGGGCGCCCGGCUCGUGAGAAGAUUGCAUCAGUGACACCCUCCAAGGCUCCUUUCCCACCUCGUGCAUGCCGACUGUUCCCAGGGUUUGCCCCACGGGUCACGGAAACUAAAGAGGGUCGCACACGGGCUAAUUACAUGUUGCUUCUGGCUUGUAUUGUGUAAUGUCAUGGAGCGCGGCCAAUGCAGCUUCGGCACGGGCAAGAAACGUGUCGGCGCGGCGUGGCCGCUGCUGGUGGUGACGCGAUCCAUUCAAACGCCAGGCACGCUGGCGUCCGACGUGCAGCGCGAGCUCGACGUCCGCGGCGGCCGCCACCCCGCCGCCGUCAAGCAGCCGCUGAAGCCGCUGCAGCAGCCGGCGGCCUCCACGCAGUCCGACACCGCACGCGGCGGCUCCGACACCAGCCUGGUCUCCGGCGCCGUGGACAUGGCUAGCACGCUGGCGGACACGGCGCUUAACAACGGCGCCAAAAUGAUGGAGAGUCUGCCGCUGGAUUCCGUCACGGGCGGUGGCGUGCACCACAAGGCUGGUCACAAGGACGUGCUGAGCAGCCGCAUCGCGGCGGGCGAGGUGGCGGCCGCGCCUGCCGGCGCUGGCUACGGCAACAACAUGGGCAGCGCCCCGCCCGCGCCGCCCGACCUGGUGUCAGCCCAGCAGGACAACAAGCCGGUGUACGGCAUCCCCCAGUACCCCGCCACAAUGGAGUUCCGGCCCCCCGAGGGUCUGGACAAGGUCAUCCCCAACCCGGGCAUGCCGCGUGCCAACAAGGCCAUCAGCCGCGAGCGCCCCGACGGCGACCCGCGCGCCCCCGCCGACCGCACGGUGCUGCAGCAGCACGUCAUGUUCUGGGACCGGGACAACGACGGCGUGAUCUACCCGCUUGACACCUUCAUCGGCUUCCGGCGCCUGGGCUUCAACCUGAUCAUCUCCGCACUGGCCGUGCCAUUCAUCCACCUGUCCUUCUCCUACCCCACCCUCAAGGGCUGGCUGCCCGACCCGCGUCUGCCCAUCUACCUGGACCAGAUCCACCGCACCAAGCACGGCAGCGACAGCGAGGUGUUCGAUACCGAGGGCCGCUUCGUGCCGGAGAAGUUCGAGGAGAUCUUCUCCAAGUUCGACAAGGACCACAAGGGCGGCCUGGGCUGGAAGGACAUCCAGCAGAUGGUGUAUAACAACAUGAACAUCAACGACCCAACCGGCUGGAUUGCGGAGCGCCUGGAGUGGUGGGUCACGUACCUGCUGCUGCGCGACCACAAGGGCCUGGUGAGCAAGGAGAAGAUCCGCGGCGUGUACGACGGCACGGUGUGGGAGGUGGUGGCGGCGGAGGUGGAGGCGCGCAAGAACCGCCGCAGCGCCUACAAGUGCGAGUGAGCACGUGCGCGGUAUGGCAGGGCACGACUGGCAUGCGAGUGCGAGGAUAAGAGGAUGUAAGGAUGGAAAGUGGAGAGGGUUGUGUACGCAUGGUCGUCGGGAUGGAGGUGGCGGUAGGUGUUGCGGCAGGUUGGCGUACGUGAUAAGGUUUGAUAGGAAUUGGGGGAUGGGCACGACGCAUGCGUGGGUAGAGGGUUGUGUAGGGCAGGCGUGGACAAAAUUGCAUGCUGGAAUUGCUUGUGGAGUUGCGUGUCUUGAUUGCCCGGGCUGGCUGCGGCGGUGAUAGCAGCGGUGCUGGGUUCGUGCUCGGCUUAAGGCAGCACGCACACGAGAGGGGUCUUGCGAGGGAAGCUGUUGCUUGGCUGAUGGUGAUAUGCCACAUGUGACAUGGUGGGGAAGGUACGGCAGUUGUAAGAAAGGAAGUCCUGUAAGAAUCAAGAAUGGACGAUGUAUGCUUUACCUGGACAGGACGUAACCAGAAGCUCACGCCAAGCUGUCAUUGUAAGGAAUAAUGUGC